AUGGCUUCUCAAGCUAUUCUCGGGCCAGAUCGCGCUUGGAUUCCGGCGCAGUCUUAUCCAUCCGACUAUUUCAAUGCCAGACAUUAUAGGUCUGAUAAUGGCGCAGUUCAAACCUCAAGAUUGCAACACAGCGCGAUACCCCCGGAUUUUCCCAGCACGAUAGACUUGCCCACAGCCUGGUCGGGGGCAGAUUUAGAAUAUCUGCUUGAACACGAGCGGCAUUGUCUACAAUUGAAUCAAUCGCAGGUGGCCGAGUUGGAGAAAGCUUCGAAAGCGUUUCAAGAAAACGGGCAUCCUCUCGAGAAAAUGUCACGACAAAACUUCCCUCUUCCGGUAUUAGGUGAAUGCUUGAAGGCAUUGGCCCGUGAACUUACUGAAGGCGUUGGAUUCUUUCGUGUUUGCGGACUCGACCCGAAGCGAUACUCUAAAGAGACGAAUAUAAUUAUUUACCUGGGCCUCACAACAUAUAUUGGAGAGAGACGUGGACGCCAGGAUGAACAUGGAAAUAUGCUACUCCACUUGACAGAUGUCGGUCAUGUUCCGGAUCCAAACAAUCGUCGACAAGCGCCUUAUUCGAAUGUUGAGCAGCCGUUCCAUACGGACACUGGAGAUACCAUUGCACUAUACUCUCUAGGGGAAGCUCAUUCUGGUGGAGAGAGCCGACUUGCAUCCAUUGCAACGGUGUAUAAUGAGAUUGCGGCGGUGAAACCUGAACUGAUAAAUCUUCUAUCUUCGCCGACGUGGGCAUUCGAUAGGUUUGGUCAGUGGCCGCCUUAUGUGAUGCGACCUCUUAUAUAUCCAACGCCCAGUAAAAAAGCGAUUCUCUCGUUUUCAAGACGUCCAUUAUUAGGUAACGCAUCAUCGCCACGAAGUUCUGACAUUCCGGACCUGCCUGCAAAUCAUGUCGAGGCACUGAACGCCGUUCAGUUCAGUGCAAGUCGCCAUGCUCUUUCAAUGAAAUUGAAGCCUGGCGAUAUUUUAGUCUGGAAUAACUUGGCUCUCAUGCAUGGUAGAUCGGCUUUUACCGAUUCAGCUGAAGACAAGCGCCAUUUGAUACGGCUUUGGUUACACAACGAAGCAACGGAAACAGAAUUUCCCAUACCAAAAGAGCUCAAACCGCAAUGGGACGACGCAUUUGAGCACGUUGGCCGACCACAGAUGUGGCCACUCGAGCCUAUCCGGGACAACAGCUAUAUUUGCACGCGGCAACGUUCUUCUGGUCAUGCUUGA